AUGGAUUAUUUCAAUCCGAUGACGUCAUUUCACAUGAGCAACAACAGAACGGCGACUGAAUUAAACGGGGGUUUUCAAGGAAUUAAUUUAACUUCCGACCAAUCAUCGGAUUUCGAAUAUUCCGGCGGAAGUCCGGCCAAAUUCCCGCACUUUCCGCAGAACAUGGAAUUUCCGAGCACGAGUUUGUCGGUAUUGCAGAACAGGGGUUCCAUGGAAGCGAUGAGGGAGACGAUUUUCAGGAUGGCGAUGAUGCAGCCGGUCCAGAUCGACGACCCGGAGACUUUCGACCGGCCGGCGAGGAAGAACGUCAGAAUUUCGAAGGACCCCCAGAGCGUGGCGGCGCGCCGCCGCCGGGAGAGGAUCAGCCAGCGGAUUAGGGUUCUGCAGAGGAUGGUCCCCGGCGGCGCGAAAUUGGACACGGCGUCGAUGCUGGAUGAGGCGGUGCAUUACAUGAAGUUCUUGAAGAAGCAGGUGCAGUCGUUGGAAGAAGCCGCCAAUUCCGGUGGCGGCGGCGGCGGCGGUGGUUCUGUUUCGUUUCCGUUAAUGGGAUGCUCUAUGCAAAUGCUUAGCUGA